CAACAACGUCAUCGAAUUGGAGCGAACGACACGGCUAGUCAGGUAGCAGCAUUUCCUCCAUGAUGCCGUUAUGAACUUGGAUAUGAUUGAGUCAGAAUGGAUGAUUUGCGUCCCCAAUUAGUUCCAUCUUAAGCUCAAACUGGAGUUGUGAUUUUAAGCUACCCUGUCUCAUCCAUCAGCAUACUCUCCGUUCCGUCAUGCCUAGUCCGGCCAAGAAGAGGAAGCUAAACUCGGAUACCAAGCAGAAGGCCGCCCCUGCAAGAGGACUUGAGUACUUCUUUGCGAAACAGAAACAGAAUGGCACGUCGUCUGAUGGAUCAUCCAUCCAAAAGCCAGCCGUGGCGCCAGGGCAGUCAGAAGAAACGUUGACAGACGAGGAGCUCGCGAGGAAGCUGCAGGCUGAGUGGAACUCAGAUGCAGAUGGUGCAUCGAGUCACAACACACCCCAACCGGAGACGGAGAUGAAGUCUGGUUUCCCGGAUAGACCGCGCAUUGCCAUUGAUCAACAGCCACGGUCAACGACUGUCGUGCCUCCCGCUGAACCACCCAAGAGCAAGAACACCCUCUCGCUAUCCUCCGCUGCAGCAAUCGAAGAUCAGGCGCACGCAUCCAUCCCGCUCGACGAAAGUCCCCUGACCUUCGACCCCGCCAAGUACAUCCCCCAGCUCCGAGACUCUUGGGCCGCUGAGGGCGGCGAUGCGUCAUACGCCUUGCUCACGCGGUGCUUCGUACUGGUCAAUGGAACGCAAAGCCGAAUCAAGAUUGUCGACACACUCGUCAACUGCGUCCGGCUGUUGAUUGAGGGCGAUCCUUCCAGUCUCCUCCCUGCCGUCUGGCUGGCAACGAACGCCAUAUCACCACCCUACGUCUCCAUGGAACUAGGGCUCGGCGGUUCUGCGAUCUCCAAGGCGCUCAAGCAGGCUUGUGGGCUGGACAACAGGGCCCUCAAGUCUCUUUACGACAAAGUCGGUGACCCUGGCGAUGUGGCGUUUGAGGCGAAAAAGAAGCAAAGCUUUACUUUGCGGAAGCCGAAGCCUCUGACCGUCAAAGGCGUCUUCCAGUCGCUCGUCAAGAUUGCCAAAGCUCAGGGUCAGGGAAGCGGUGAUGUCAAGCAGCGGAUAGUCGAUCGGCUGUUGCAGGAUGCGCGUGGAGGCGAGGAGAGCCGAUACAUUGUCAGGACGCUGUGCCAGCAUCUGCGAAUUGGGGCCGUCAAGACAACAAUGUUGAUCGCUCUGUCACGGGCGUUCUUACUCUCCAGACCUCCCGGGUCCGAACUUUCCAUCAAGGACCCGCAGGCGUUGGCCAGACUGAAGAAAGAAGAGCUCGCCGAGGUAUGGGCCAGAGCAGAAGAGCUUGUCAAGGCUUGCUAUGCUCGUCAUCCGGAUUACAACGACCUGAUUCCGGUGUUGUUAGACAUCGGCAUUUCCGAGGAACUCCUCGUCCGGUGCGGUCUUACCUUGCAUAUCCCGCUGAGCCCUAUGCUUGGGAGCAUCACCCGCGAUCUGAGUGAGAUGCUCACUAAACUUCAAGGCCGCGAUUUUGCCUGCGAGUACAAGUACGAUGGGCAGCGAGCGCAAGUCCAUUGUGACGCCAACGGGAAAGUCUCAAUUUUCUCAAGGCAUCUAGAGCUAAUGACGGACAAAUACCCUGACUUGGUGGACCUUGUUCCCAAGAUCAGGGGCGAUGGCGUUCAGAGCUUUAUUCUGGAGGGCGAGGUCGUGGCAGUGGACCGAGCCACUGGCGAGUUGCGGAAUUUCCAGACACUCACCAAUCGUGCCCGCAAAGAUGUCGAAAUCGGGAGCAUCACCAUCGAUGUCUGCUUGUUCUCUUUCGAUCUUAUGUAUCUCAACGGCCAGUCUCUGCUGGAUCAGCCUUUCAGGCGACGGCGGGAUCUAUUACGAUCACUGUUCGUCGAAAUCCCACACCAUUUCACUUGGGUCAAGAGUUUGGAUGCCACUUCGCAGGAUUCGGAAACUGUCCUCGAAUUCUUCAAGUCGGCCCUCGACAACAAGUGCGAGGGGAUCAUGGUCAAGACCCUCGACAAUCACCCUGAGCUGGAGUAUCGCGGCGAUGAUGAGCCCGAACAACCUGUUAACCUACCACAAGACUCAAAGGCGAGUUCGAAAUCUCGCAAGCCAAAACGAGGCAAGCUCUCGGAAAGCGAAGCACCACCUCCUCCAGCCAAAUCCCGCCGCAAGCCGCUGCUGGCAACCUACGAACCCGACAAGCGACUCGACUCCUGGCUAAAAGUGAAAAAGGACUACUCCUCAUCUUUCGAAACGCUCGAUCUCAUCCCCAUAGCAGGCUGGCACGGCCAAGGCCGCAAAGCCAAAUGGUGGUCCCCUAUCCUCCUCGCCGUCCGCAACGAAGAAACAGGCUGCCUCGAAGCAGUCUGCAAGUGCAUGUCGGGCUUCACAGACGCUUUCUACAAAGCCAACAAGGAGUUCUACGACAACGGCGAGGAAAGCGGGGAGCCCCAAAACACACACGCCCAAAAGCCGGCUUUUGUGGAGUACGCGGGCGGCGUUCCAGAUGUGUGGUUUGAGCCUAAGGAGGUUUGGGAAGUGGCGUUUGCGGAUAUCACCAUAAGUCCGACCUACACCGCUGCUAUUGGACUGGUAAGGGAGGAUAAAGGGUUGAGUUUGAGGUUUCCCAGGUUCUUGAAGAAGAGGGAGGAUAAAGGGAUCGAAGAAGCCAGUACGAAUGAGUUCUUGGCGGCGCUCUGGAGGAAGCAGGAGGCGAAGGCGCCAGCGGCCGGCGAGCAAAACGGACAACGAGCGAACGCGGAAGCUGGAGAAUAUGAGGACGAGGUCAUGGAAGCCUGAUGGAUGUCAGUCAACACCAUCCCCUGGGCGUGCAGUUAUCCAUGGCCCUAACCCUCGGCGCUUCGCAAUCCAAGCACCGAAGCGCGGGGUAUUCGGAGCGGCUUCUCCACCACGAGAGGGGAAGUUGUCCCCAUCGUGCAAUAUAGCCUGAAUCAUACGUCGUCAUGUGGAACGGAAGA